AUGGCUUCUUUUCGCUUCCUCGAUCUCCCCCGCGAGAUUCGCGACAAGAUAUAUGGCAUCCUACUAUGCACAUUCCCACGUCCCGAGUCUGUUACGCACGGCACCAUGCUGUCUAAGAAAGACUUCAGUCCAAGUAUCCUCCGCGCUAAUAAGCAAAUUUACGCCGAAAGCUACGACGCCAUGAUCAAGGGGAACCGGUUCCUGCUCGUGUCUUCGACUGGCGGUCUACAUUUCGCCUACAUGCUCAAGGCGAAUUCCGUGCCAACGCUAGCUUUCGACUUGGACAAUGGCACCAAGACGAAGAAGAAGAGUGGGAACAAGGUCAUUAAGCCCAUCACCCAACGUUUCCGAGGCUACGCCAUGCAUGUCACAAUUGGGAACAGCAACCCUCGAUGGAGGAAGGAGUUGCCACCUUCAGAGCUGUUGGAGCCUUGCAACGUUAUCAUGCUGUUUCGGGACGUCAAGCUCCUCUGCGAGGCUAUCAAAGGAGGCGACGAUCGCCUAGAAGACUACAAGAGUCUUGUUACCUUGGAUUUCGAACUUGCACCGGUGCUCAAGCGUCCACCAUACCAGCUCGAGGGCCCAACGGACUACUUCUCUUCUUCCAAAACCCAGGAGGAGCUGUUGAAGCCUUUCCGCCAGAGCUUCCGCGACAUGCCACGAGUCACCAUUGGUGGUACUGUCGAGGAAUUACUUGCUACGUCAGCCAAAGAAGACUUCGCACGCAGCAAAUUCCAUGAUCUUGACGCUGUCAUUUCAUCAUGGACCGAGAGAAAAGCCGAGGGUACACAGCUGUUCAAACAAGGCGACGGUGGCUGCCUGAAACUUUGGGCUGGGGUCAGAGACGAGAUCGAUGAAGCCCACAAGUCAGACACAUGGAAGCGUCUGGUCGAAGAAGGCGACCCUUCAGUUGUAGCAAAGGUUGCCGAGCUCUACUACACCACGAACCUCAACAUCGUAGCCAUCGGACUCAAAUGGCUAGAAGAAGGAGAUCGCGAGGUCCUGCCCGGCAUUCAGAAGUCCUACGGAGAGGUGAAAAGUAGCACCGAGGAAGGAUACUGGGGCGUCGCGCACUCAUGGAAACCUUCGCCGGCGCAGGAGAUGAGGAGUACGUUUCGAUACGCCAAAUUUCUGAGGCUUUGGGGAGAGUCGAGCUUGGUUCCGUUUGCGCUUGCGACCAUCGACAUGCUGGCUACCCGUAAUCCUGAUGAUGCCGCGAUUCUUGAAGAGCAGCGCAAGAUUAAGGCUUGGAAGCGCAGCGUGGGGCCUAUUGACGAUAGCGCGUUCAAUGCUAUGAUGAGCGGUCUCAACACGUGA